GACGAUAUGUAGACGAUAUUGUUACUGUUUGCUGUAGUAAAGAGUACUUCUUGUAACGUCCAUUUGUUGAGUAUCGGAAGCAUGCUACAUAUCCAAAUGCUGUUUAUUUAUGGUCAACUUUUCAUUACAAUUGAUGUAAGCAUAGCUAUCUUCAUAACACGAGUAGAUUUACUGCCAACAUUCAAUUGUUGUUUUGAACUGCAUAAAUAUUUCUCCAGAUAUAUGGAGAAGCCAAAAGAUACAGCUUUGAUUGAACAACGUCCAUUUGUACUCAAAAAAUGGACUGCAUUAGCAAUGUGGUCAUGGGAUGUCGAAUGUGACAUUUGUGCGAUAUGUCGAGUACAACUAAUGGAUGCUUGCUUACGAUGCCAGUCAGAAAAUAAGCAAGACGACUGUGUUGUGGUAUGGGGUGAAUGCAAUCAUUCGUUUCAUAAUUGCUGUAUGGCUUUAUGGGUAAAGCAGAACAAUCGUUGUCCUCUCUGUCAGCAGGAUUGGCAAGUGCAAAGAACGGGUCACUGAAUUCGGUAUUUUAGAUAUUUUGCGAUAUUUUAAUUUUUAUGCUAGCAAUUUAAUCAGUAAUCUCCAAAGUUGAUCGAUGCCAUUUUUUAUACAUAGCUGUGAUUCUUGUAACUACUUUUGUGUCUUCUGUUUCUCCAGGGUCGUUGUUUUCUUUUGUAAAAUAGUAGAAGGGCUGAAACAUUAUUUCUUAUUUCUCAUACAUACUUUUUGAUAUAUUUAUUUCAUUCAUUGCUUGAAUUACUUUUUUUUUACUGCUUCAAUCAUUUUCCAUUAAAUCUGGCAGCAAUUUGUGAUUGAAAACGAGAUGAAAUAAAUCUUUAUUUCGGAA